UUUGGUUCCGGUGGCCGUCGCUGGAUUGCGUGCGUAGCUGUACACAAGGGUGAGUGCGCGGAGAACUUCUUCCACCUCCCGCGUCGCCUCCUCAUUCCUCCAUUUUCUGUCGAUUUCCUUCGUGGAUUCCCAAGAAUCGAAUCCUUCUGAUUUCUCAUCGCGGUACUGUCGGCUUCACGAAUGAUGUUUUCUCCGAAUCCCUCUCAUUCCUGAACAAAAGCAUCGGUUUUGCCCUUUCAUGUUAACCCUUGUGCCGAAUUCGCCUCUGGGUCAGACUGUUUUGGGCUCCUCUUAUUUGUUUAGGCGACGAGGAGUUGAAGUUGUGUUGUUCUUGGAUUUGGUUUCGCUGAUGUUCGAAGAAGAUUAUAGCUUGGUGAAUUUCUUGCGUUCUUCCCGGCCGAUAGAUCAAGAUCUCGAGCUCUUGUUGCCUUGGUGGGUGGAUUGAGUUCCAGAAAAGGGUGUUGUGGAUUUAGAUGGAUGUGCGUGGAGUGGACGCUGAUAUCUGCGAUGGAAUCAAGCCGUCAGCUGUUCCGGAUACUAAGGACGAGGGACUUUCUGAUGAGGAGGGGGAGGACAGGGAGACGGACUCUCUUCUAACGUCAUCGUCUGUGAAUGGAGGCUUAGAAGGAAAGCAGCAGAAGAGUUCGAGGAGGAAAGUCCAGUGGAAUGAUCGCAAUGGCAACAAGCUCGUCGAAGUGCUGGAAUUCGAGCCAAGUGAUUCAAGCGACUCAGAGGAUGACUCCAGCAACAAUAUCUCGACUAUGGAGAAGCUGAUUACUUGUUGCUUUCGAUUGUGCUAUUGCCUGGGUUCCUGAUGGUCUCACUCAUGAAGUAAUAGCAUCAUUCUUCUCAAGGUGAUUCCUUUUGUAUUCCUACAUGGAAGAUUCUUAAGUUAAGAGCCCUUUUGUCAUCACAUUCAUAUUAAUUGGUGAUUUGAAUUUAUCA